AAGGGGCCGUAGCGAAUCAUUGGGAGCCUCCGGACCGGUGACGUCAGAGGCAGAGACGUCGUCGUCAUGGCGUCCACGGCGCUGCUGAGACCGGAGCUGUGUUUUUAGUUCAAAAACGGGGCUGCAGUCGACGAGCCGUCGAGAUGGAGAGUAAUGCAGCUCUGCACGGAGACGCCACAGAGGCAGGAGGAAGCGGAGAAACCGGCAGCGUGAACGCAGAGCUGUCGGUCAGCAGUUUGGGUCCGAGUUGCACAACAAGCGCCACUACUACUACUACUCCAAGUGCUAAUGCUAAUGCUAGCGCUAACGCCGCGUCUCGCACAGACACAGCUGAUGUUGGUGAAACGGUGAAAGCAGGAGAACCGGGGAACGUGCUGGGUCACGGUGCGUGUGAAUCUGAUGCCGGAAAUCAUGACGCUACAAACUCGAAGUUAGUAAACAAGCCGAGCAGAGAGGAGCCUUCUAAAGGGGCUACAAGUGUGCGAGCGGAUAUUAGAGAUCAGGAGGCAAGCAGGCUGCCAAAACAGAGUGGUGUGUGUGCUGAGAGUGGUGUGUGUGCUGAGAGCAGUGUGUGUGCUGAGAGCAGUGUGUGUCCUGCCAAAGCCAAGUCCGAGUCUAAUGAAGGCACCCUGUCUCAGGGGCUGCCCAGCUUGGACUCACUGGACUCCUUCUCUAAUCUUAACUCCUCCUGUCCGAGCUCUGAGCCCAUCAGUGAAGGUCUGGAGGAUCAGGAGAAGGCGGUGAUCCCUCAGAGCCAACAUGGGGCAGAAGGGGGCAAAACUCAGAGCUGCAGGGAUCGAGUUAAUGCAGGUCAGUCUAUCUACCACAUCAAGUGGAUCAAGUGGAAAGAGGAGAACACGCCUAUCAUCACCCAGAAUGAGAAUGGUCCAUGCCCUCUGCUGGCUAUUAUGAACGUGCUUCUCUUGGCCUGGAAGUUCAAGUUGCCGCCAAUGAUCGAGAUCAUAACAGCAGAGCAGCUGAUGGAGUAUCUGGGAGACUACAUCCUUGAUGCCAAACCAAAAGAGAUCUCCGAGGCUCAGCGUUUGAACUACGAGCAGAACAUGAGCGAUGCCAUGGCAGUCCUCCACAAGCUACAGACAGGUUUGGACGUGAAUGUGAAGUUCACAGGCGUCAGGGUGUUUGAAUACACCCCUGAGUGCAUCGUCUUCGACCUGCUCGACAUUCCGCUGUACCACGGCUGGCUGGUUGAGCCUCAGAUGAGUGAUAUAGUGAAGGCGGUGGGGAACUGCAGUUAUAACCAGCUGGUUGAGAAGAUCAUUGGUUAUAAGCAGUCGGAGAACAGCGAGCUGGCUGGAGAAGGCUUUGUGGCGGAGCAGUUCCUUUACAACACGGCCACGCAGCUGACCUACCACGGCCUGUGUGAGCUCACGUCCACCGUGCAAGAGGGGGAACUGUGCGUGUUCUUCAGAAACAACCACUUCAGUACCAUGACCAAAUUCAAGGGCCAGCUGUACCUGCUGGUGACAGAUCAGGGCUUUCUGACUGAGGAGAAGGUGGUGUGGGAGAGUCUACAUAACGUGGAUGGGGACGGAAACUUCUGCGAUUCAGAGUUUCGUCUCAGACCCUCUGACCCUGAGAGCGUCUACCACGGCCAGCAGGACCAGAUUGACCAGACUGUGUGUGUGCGCAUGCAGGACUACCUGAUGGCGCUGUCACUACAGCAGGAGCAGCAGGUGUCAGAACUGGGCUGGGAGCAGCUCCCUGAGGGUAUCAGUGAUCUGGAGUUAGCGAAGAAGCUGCAGGAGGAGGAAGAUCGCAGGGCAUCAGAGUUCUAUCAAGAGCAGGAGGACGAACAGGAACAGGCUGCUGCAGUCGCACAGGCCGCACAGGCUCAGGCAGGAGGAGGCGCUGUGGCUGAAGGAGCGGUCGCCGCCCCGGCAGGAGGAGCAGCAACGUGUUCCAGUCCAGGAAAGCACAGUUCCAGCACUGAGCGCAAAACUAAGAAAGAGGCCAAGGAGAAGGAGAAGUGUGUGAUCCUGUAACAGCUCUGCAGCCUGCUCACAGUCUGACUGAAAGGCAGAAGCCUCGUCGUUCCACACUGACUCAGAGCUGCACAAGGAGUGAGAGAGCGUGACGGAGGAGAGGAUCUGCUGUUCCUAAGCCACUGGUGCCUGAUGCUGUUUGCUCUCUGAGCUCUGAACACACAGCAGAGCGGAUCGGGGGAUGAACUCGCACCACGUCUCUGAUCAAGCUUGCCUUGACCUUCCUACAGCCGCACGGUGCACUGCGCUUGUGUGGAGUGACCUCACGCUUCAGGAUGGUGGAUUUUAUAGUGCACCAGAGAGAAAUAAUGCCACCGUUUUCUUCUUUUCUUUUUCUUGAUUUCUGUUACUGCAGUUGUUUAUAAGAUGUUUUAUAAGCUGUUUUAUAACACACACACACACUUGUACACAGAGAUGCAGUUUUACAGGCAGGAUCUUUACACUGGGACAGAGAGGAUGUAGCGGUAGCAGGACUACAUUUCACACUGUAACGGUGUUACAUGACGUGCCGUUCAGCUUCUGGGCUUCUAAGGAUCGCGCCAAACCUAUCUUCACUUGAAACCGUUGUUAUUAUGCACUAAAGUCAGGGGUUCUGGAUCAGUUUAGUUCAGGAGCGGGCGAUAUUGCGAAAAUAUCAUCACAGCAAAUAAUCGAUCAUUUGUUCUAACAAAGUGCCAGUAAAUCAGCAGUGCCACAUUUUAAAAGAUUCAGAAAAAGCUGAGAUUUAUUUUACAGUGAGCAGUACUGAUGACCGGCCAUGGCUUGCAAGACAAGAUUAAAACAUAGUGGAACAAAAAACAAUAAGAUGACCUGUUAAUAAGAGGUCCAGUGAAGGGUUUAACGUUAUUUUCCUAAAUGAUGUAGAUGGUCAGCACUCUGGUGAUAUUUUCAGAAAACAAACCUCAUCAUUUCGCCCACCGUACAUCCAGUUGGCCAACUGGGGUUUUUAAAUCCUUCGCUGUAUUGCGUCUCUCUUAGAACUAACGUGUCCUGUAGCCAAAAGUUUCCGUUCAAGAUGUACAUGGUGCAGACUGUCCUCGCUCCCUCUGUGUGCUUUAGGCCAUGUAAGAUUGGUAGAAUGCACCAUGUUCCUGCAGGAGUUUAUUCCGCCAGCCCCGUCAUAGUCCAGCGCUCAGCAGCAGCCCUGACUUUCCCCUGGACAUUAAAGCAUUACAUUUCCCUAGACAUGUUUCUGUCUCUGUGAGUUGCCACUUUAAUCUUUAAUAUGCUGCCACUUUCUGAGCAACUGCCUCAGUGAUGUUUCGGAUUGUAACGGAUAACUUUAUACGAUUUAAGCAGUGUGUUACUUCUUUAUUGCUCGUGCCACAGCUUCUGCUGUUGUAUGUCCACACUAAUUGUGAGAGCACUGUGUGUGUAAAUAUGUGCACCACUACACCAUAGCUGUGCAAUGUAACUCAGCACAUUAUCCUGGUUACUGCCUUCUCCUGACAAACCUUUACUCGAUACAUUCCAACAGGAUGUUUUCAACUCGCAUAGAGGUGUGCGUGCACAAGCGCACACACACACACGAGACGAGGAACUGUAGUAGAGGGUAGGAGCCCGGUUCAAGUCAUGCUCGUGUUAUGAGGUUUUUUUCUGAAACACCUCAACUGUUCUUAAUGCACCUCUGUUGACAUCCUCUGUUUCGCCUUGAAAUGAUGAGUUUGGGCCAUCUGAUUAGAUGUAAUUUCUAAAUUAAAAAAUUGAUUUGCUUUAAAAUAAUUGUAUGUGCCAAACUAGCUCUACAAGUGUGAGGCAUCUUGCUAGUGAACAUGGCCACCUUUACUUUCGUGUGAAGUUGCUAAAGAAGUGGCUUACACAACUCAGUAAGGAAACGGCAGUUGUGAUUCGAGGUCAACAGGUGUUUUAAGAUUUUACAAUGUUUUCAGUAAUGGUGCAUAAUGACAUGAAUGUGGUAAAAGUACACCCUUUGAACAAAAUAGAUUUGCUUUGUUGGGGUGUGUGUUGGGGGCUGUGUGUGUUGGGGGGCUGUGUGUGUGUG